AUGUCGAAUGACAUCAUCGAUCCCACGGCCUAUAAGCAUCGCACUUGCAUCACACGCACGCACAGACAUCGCUAUCACUAUGUCGAGCAAGUUCCUCUACGCGACACGACCCAUGCUCCCGUCGUGCUGCUCCUACAUGGCUUCCCCGAUCUGUGGUACGGCUGGCGCUACCAAAUCAAGGCCCUUGCGCAACACGGCUGUCGCGUGAUCUGUCCCUCCAUGAUAGGCUAUCACGAGACUAGCAAACCGAACGAUGCAAAGUACUAUACCUUAAAAUCCGCUUGCCUAGAUCUGUCAGAGCUGCUCGACGAGCUGGACAUCAAGAGUGUCAUCUGCAUUGGCCACGACUGGGGCGGCGCAACAGCUUGGCGGUUCGGCCAAUACUACCCAGAGAGGACGCGUGCAGUCGCAUCUGUAUGUACAUCUUAUUUUGCACCCCCGCCUGCACGAGCCGACUUCAUACCACUCGAGCAACUCACAGAUACGCUGCUGCCCAAUUUUGGCUACCAGCUCUGGUUUGCAACGGAUGAAGCGGCGGAAGUUCUGCAGGAAUGCUUGAACGAAUUCAUCGGCGCCGGCUUCUCGCCUUCCCUCAUGCGUACACUCAGGAAAAGUCCACAUCGCGGGACUGAGAAGGCAGAGAAUUGGACUCGCAAAGGCGAGCUGCGGUCGAGCAUGCUGCGGCGGCUCGAAGCAAGGCGCGCAGGCAACGGCGUGCAGCUUCCUGCCAACGAGCCUGAGCGUGAUUACUAUCUGGCCACGUUUGGCAAGAACGGCCUUGCACCUGCUCUGAGCUGGUACAAAACGACUAGGCUCAAUUUUGACGACGAGCGAGGCAUGCCGCGCAAGUACCCGGUCGGCAUCCCUGCUCUUUUCAUGCCGGCAGAAUACGAUGCAGCUCUACCCUUGUGGAUGUCGCAGAACAUCCAAAACUACUUCGCACCUGGUCAGCUCGAAGUCGAUCUGAUCCGUGGUGGCGAUCACUGGGUCUUGCAAGACGAAGCUGUGCGCGACGCAGUCACUGCGAGGAUGAUCACAUUUGUCGAACGCGUCCUGAGAAAGGAGAACGCCAAAUUGUAG